AUGUCGGAACAUUCGUUUGCCAACAACUUUUGGGGCAAGGAUGACCAGGGAGUUCACAAUGUUUUUCUUCGCAUGAAGAACUCCAAACAAACCAAUGAAGAAGUACGUCUAUUCUACAAGGAGCGAAUCGCCAUUGAAGAGGAGUAUUCUAAACGCAUGCUGGCUCUGUCUCGAAAGAGCUUGGGAGCUGUCGAGACAGGCAGUCUCCAGUCUUGUCUUGAGACCAUCAGACAGGACACUGAAGCCAUGGGCAAAUCUCACGCCACUGCUGCUCAGCAACUCAAGAGCCAGCUGGAGGAGCCUCUGGUAGCCUUCAACAGCAGCAUGCGGGAGCGACGCAAGACAACGCAGCAGACGGUGGAGAAACUGCUCAAGGCCAAGAUCAUGCAAAACAACAACGUGGAGAAGGCCCGUGAGAAGUUUGAGUUGGACUGCAACAAAAUUAAUGGGUACUAUGCCCAGCAAAACCUGCUGAUGGGCAAGGAGCUGGAGAAGAACAAUCAGAAACUCGACAAGACUCACAUGAGUGUCAACGCCACCAAGCGGGACUACCAGACCCAUCUUCGAAACCUCGCUGAUAUUAUUGAUCGAUGGAACAAGGAAUGGAAGGUGGCCUGUGACAAACUGCAGGAUAUUGAGGAGGAGAGAAUCAACUUUCUCAAAAGCAACCUGUGGGGAUAUACUAAUAUCGUCUCUACAGUGUGUGUCUCUGACGAUGAGUGCUGUGAAAACAUUCGUCUGGCCUUGGAGAAGACAGACGUCAACGAGGAUAUUAUGCAGUUUGUGAGAGAUAACUCCACUGGUGCCGAAAUUCAGGAUCCCCCGGAGUUCAUCAACUUCUUAAACGGACACUCUCAUGAUAAUGUUGAGAACAGCUUCAAGGUGGCCCAGUUCCCUCGAAUUGCUGGUACUGGAGACGAGUCUAUGGACGAUAUGAUGAACUCAUCAAUUGGAGCAGCUGGUUCACAUGUUAUGGAUCCCGACACUUCGUUUGGAUCUCUGGAACAGGCUAUUCCUGAUCCCAAGCCAGCUCAUCAUUCUCCUCUUCACAACAUUGCUCAGACUGCCCGAGAUGUCUUCUCGUUUAAGCUUGGGGCUCCAUCUUCUACUGCGCCUGCCGCAUCUGAGGUUGGCUCUUCUGUCUAUUCUGAGCCUGACUGGGCUGGAUCGUCAGUAAACGAGCCCUCUUCUGUCAUGGAGCCCUCUGGCCGUACGGAAGGACGAUCUUGGGCUACUCCUUUCCGAAGACGGUCCAAGAAGGAUCUGAACAAGGGCUGGAACCGAAGCCAGUCUCGAGACCCUGCCGAGGAGCGUGCCCGAACUCCAAACCCUCGGUCUCGAACCCCUUACGACUCUAACGAGACUCAUGAGGCUUUGUCUGUUGGAGCUAACACAUUUGACUUGAGCCCUUCGAAGUCUCCUGCUCCUCAGCGAGCUGCCAUGGCUUCAUCGCCUGCUCCUCCAUCCACGAUGAAUAGUGCCUCCUCUCAGAAUGUCAAGAAGCUGUCCCGAGACGAUCCUCUUGUUGCUGCCCUUGAACAGCUCAAAUUGUCUGUGGGGUCGAGCUCCUCCGUGGGUUCUUCAGUGUCCUCCGCACCCAACACUGAGCCUCAUAGCUCCAAGUACGGUACUCUUGGAAGUGGCCAGCCCAUUUCUCAGCGACGGGUGGCUUCUCGAUCAGCACCCUCAUCUCCUGGCCGGUCUUUUGAGCCCUCCUACCUCAAUGCUCCUGCCCCUGCAUUCACAGCUCGAGACAUGCAGCAGACUAGUCAGCAGUACGCUGCUAACAUGUUUGGUGAGGGACACUCUCGGGACUCUGGAGGAGCAACCCGUGAGCCUGUGCAUCGCAAACCCGUCCAGCGAACGCCUGAGCGAGGACGAGCACCUCGAUCUGACCAGCCCAGACCGAAGAGCUAUUACGAGGGAGCUUCCGCCGAACAGAUCCAGAGACAGCUCUAUGCCGAACAGGGCCAGCGAGCUCAUUCCCCCUCCAUUGUGGGAGACAACCACUACCCUCGUACUGUUUCUCCCGAUCCUCAGCUGAGAAGUGUCUCUCCCAACCCUGCUGCUCGACCUGGUAGUGCCAACCCUUAUUCUGAACCUCUACAUGGUCGAUCUCAGCCAAACCUGUAUGCCGCUUCAGGUCAACAGCGACCUCAGCGAAGCCACACACCUAACGGGCGAUCCUACGAUCUCUACGGAGCUCAGCAGCAGCAGCAGCAGCAAUACCACCUGCAUGCCCAGCAGCAACAACAACAGCAAUACCAAGAUAGUCGUCCUAGAUCCAAGUCCAUGGGUGAGCCUCGAGUGGAUCCCCGAAUGGACCCUAGAUUUAACCCAGAUCCCCGAAUGUCAUCUCCUCGAGGCGCACCACAGCUCCCACGAGUCUCUUCGGAUGGACGGCCAGUUAUAUCUUAUUCCAGAGCGCAGUACGACUACCGAGCUGCCAUAGCUGAGGAGGUGUCGUUCCGAAAGGGCGAAGUGAUGCUGGUACUGCGAAUGCAGGACGAUGGCUGGUGGGAAGUGGAGGUCUACGGACGAGGCCAGCGAACUGGUCUAGCUCCCAGCAACUUUUUGGCUGACAUUUAG